CCAAGCUCCGCAGCUCCAAAAUUGAAAUACAAUCGCCAUUCCUUGGUCGCAGAAGGGUCACAACCAUUUUGACGUCACCUUUCUUCUCUGGUCAUUACUCUUAUAUUUAGCUUUCCUACUCUAAUUCCCGAGCUCGACCUUUCCGUCCCUGGAGUCUGAUUUACUCACCCCAAGAUGACGUCUCUCGAUGCGGCAGACCUCAAAGCUUUGGAGCAAACACGCCAACGACUCUUCCAGUUGACAAGCUCACUGGCGUCGCUCCAACAAAGCAUUCACAUGAGCGAUCCGCUGCCGCCUUGGAAUUCUCUUCAAUCCCUAGCAACAAUCAUAUCGCAGCAUCUUGCAACACUUUCCGCUCAUCUGACUACACACCAUGAUCUCCUUUCCUCGACCAUUGUCUACCCACUGCCUACUUUCCCGGGCCGUACGGAAGAGUCACUACUCGGACAGCUACUACGCAAGAAACUUGAGCCGGCUGUAGAAGAUUGGGUCGAUCGCGGUCGAGAAAUCGCUACAGAGGCGCUUGGAAAUGGCAACAAUCAGAGCGCCAAUGGGCAGACAAGUGGAGACCAUGCACAACCAUCUGCCACCGUCGGUGGUCUUCCAGAUCCCACGAGCAGCGCGUCUUCGUCUCGUCUCACCGAAAAGGAGCUCGACUCGCUAUGGGACUGGGCCCGUGUAGCUGCCAAUGAAGAGGCUCGCGCUCGCGACUGGGAUGCAGACUAUACGCGUGAGGAACAGGAAAGUGGCAUACAAAAUGUAAUCACGGGAUUGCGCCGCAAACUGCGCGAUCCAGACGAGGAGAGCAGUGAUGAAGAGGAUAAUGAGGAAGCAAUUGCUGGUGAUGAGGACGAGGAGCGAAAUAUACCCGAUGAUGAGAUGGAGGUUGUUGGUGUGAGGAGAAAAUCUGGAGCGGCCGGGUUGGAGUUCCAGUUGAGACGGGAAAGCGAACAUCGGGCAGCGAUGAUGGCGAAGAAACCGUCGCUCCCUAUGACAGAAGUCUUCCGGUUCAUGCACACUGGUGCGGAGCCGAGAGGAGUUGGGGCAGAACCAUUCGGACCACUGGGUAUGGCAGGAGUACGGCGAUGAGUUUUUCUCUCGAGGGAGUUCGUCAUUUCGAUUACUUCUCCUCGCCGCCUCUGCCAUUGUUUUCUAUCACCAGAGCUUGAUUUCUAUACCCUGCUUAGCUCUAUCGAGGUCCUUUAUGCAUUGGCAUGAUCGUCUACGCAUCACUGCCAUAUUAUUUUUUUUAUUUCCAACAUCUUCAUUUGUUCAUUGACGAAGAUACAUCUUACAAAUACCCAUUUUACCACAACUACCGUUCUA